UUUAUAGAAAGUAAUGCAAUGGCCGAUUCGAAUUUAAAUGUGAAUGAUAGCGAGCUUUUUGAGUUUGCUGAUGAGCAUGAUGAAGAAGCAGCUACUAUAUUCGCUCAGCCUCCAAGAACCAAAGACGAGGAUGCGGCGACUCAGGUUCAAGAAGUUGGAGCUAGUCCUGCUUUCCACAAUUUGGAGGAGCUGUUCUACUCAGGGAAGCUUAGUGGAACUCGAAUGGCGACUCUCAAAGCUAAAUACUCGCUUUUGUUUGAUAGCUUGAAAGAUUCCCGAGAACGCGAGAGAAGUAGUCUGCAAACAGCCAAACAGCUCACAAAUGACUUGGAAAAGCAGCGUCUGGAAUUGGACAAGGCGGAAGAUUUUCCGGAAGGUUCUAAUACCGAAGUUGCCAAACUUCGUAACGAUCUAAUGACAUACCACAAUGAGUUGGAUCUGUCUGCAGAUCGACAAUUCCAGUAUGACUUUCAAAUCGAGAACCUAAAAGAAGAACGAGAUAUGCUCACACGUGAGUACAAUCGGAUUCCAAAAGCGGAUGAAAUUGACAAGCAGCUGAAAGAUACGACUGCAGCUAUCGAUGAGUUGAAAGCCGAAAUCACCCAAAAUCGCUCGAAAAUCAAACAGCUCCAAGAAGAGUUACUGACCAAAAAUAAACAAAAUGACGCCGAGAGGAAAGUUCUUGAAACUGAACAGCUGGAACAAGAGGAAUUAAAAGAGAAAUUGGUUUCAGCUCACCAAAAACCGCAACAGAUUGGUAAAGAAAUAGACAAAAUAAUGAAAACAAAAAGAACUGUAGAUGAAAAAUUAGGCGCGCUUCAAGAUACCUAUUCCGAUCUCACUGCUAAUCUGAGUGAAAUUAUAAAGCAAAACACGAUAGUCGAGAAGGAAAAAGAGGAUUUAGACGAAGAUCUUCGGAAACUGAACCUGAAGAAGGAGGAAGAAUAUCGCGAGUAUCAGUUUCUGUCAAAGGAUUUGGAUUACUCGAAGGAACGUGAAAAUGUUUUGCUAGGCGAUCGGGCUACCCUUGAGCUAAGUCUGAAGCAUCUAAACAUGGAAAAGAAGAAUCUACACGAACGACAUUCACAGUUGAUGCGUGAAAAGGAUAAAAAUUUGAAGGCCCUCAAAAAAUUGGAAGUCCAGCUGAAGAUGGCAAAAGAGACGCUUGCGAAUCAGUACUCGAUAUUCGAAAAGACCAAAGUUAUGGUCGCAAGUAUGCCGAAAGAUGACGGAUCUCUGACUCAAAAGAAAUUCGAACUGGAAAAAGAGGUCGAAGCUACUAAAAUGGCAUUGGCAGAGCAAAGACAAAUGACAGCCGCGGAACAGUACAAAGUUCAUCAGGCAAUUGAAGAAGAGAAAAAUUUGAGGAUGGAUGAAAACGAAUAUCGAGUUGAAGUCAUCGAGUUGACCCGACUUGCGGCUAUUAAGGCCGAUGAACGUGAACAGAAAGCGAGAGAUUGCAUGAAGGCUGAACAAAGGUACACUCGAGCUAAGGAAGAGCUGAAAACUAAAACUAUGAUUGAAGAAGAUCACAAGAAAAAGAAGCGCGAAAUGGAAAUCAAACUGGCCGACUAUGCCAAAGUUUAUGACUUGGUUAAGAACGAGCGACAAAAGUGUAUAACUACGAUUCAAGCUAGCACCCAGAAAGCGGCAGAAAUGAGAGAGAAAAUUAAGAUUCUGGAAAACGAAAUCGAGAUUCUGAGGUCGACUGUUCAAACCAAAGAAAAGCAACUGGCGAAGGCAAGAUUGCAAAGAAUCAAUGCGAUCGUCCAGAGGGAUACGUUGCGAAAUGAAGUUACGAAAUUGAAGCGUCAAAAUGCUUAUGAUAAAGAAGUUGAAAAGCAGCAAAAGCGCGACAUUGCUAAGAUGAAUGUGAUGAUUGAGCUGGCUGAUAAGAAUGCGGUGUUUUUGAGGCAUAGAAUUAAAAACUCGAUCCAAAAUCGAAACGAUAGAGGAGUUCAACUAAUCGAACGCAAUGAAGAAGUUUGCAUAUUCUAUGAGAAAGUGAACAUUCAGAACUCCAUUCUGAGAAAUGGUCAAGUUGAGUUGCAAUCUAAAGAAGAUGAGAUUAAGUUUUUGACUGUUCAAGUUUCGGAGUUGAAAAGGCAGGUUGAGAUUGCAAGGAAGAAGGUUCCGAACAAGCGGGAGUUGGAGAAUGAACUGGUAGUUUUGCAGAUCCAGUUGUCGCAGUGUGAGGAUCGACUGAGGGAUUUGGAGGAUACUCUCGGAGAUCCGUCCAAACCAGGAAGAGUGAGAUACUUGGAGGGUGACGAUGGGUCCCCAAUUGAGCUUAGCAGGAGGAUCGAAACUCUGGAGGAACGACUGGCAGACAAAGAAGAGAAGUUGCUGGAACAGGAACUGCUUUUAGAACAGGUGACUAGACUGGCGGAGAGAGUGAGGAACAAGGCGAGUGUGGGCAAAGAUGACUCACUGGUGUUGGCGAAGAAGGUGAAUGAGUACCAGAAUAAGAUCAAGGAGCUGACGAGGAAGAUGAUGGCCACUGUGUCUGAGCUGAGUAUGAAUCAGGCCAACUGUAUGCAGCUACAACAAGUAGUCAAGGAGAAAGAAUCCACUUUGGAACAAGCAUACGUGCGGCUAGAAAGAGGGGAAGCCCCGACUGAAGAAGCGAAACUAGAGUGGGAAAAGAUGCGACGAGACAACGUGAACCGACUGGCGUCGAGAGAUGAACAAAUGGCACGUGACAUGGAAGAGGAGUAUUACAAGUUGCCGAACGGAACCCAAACGGCGGCCGAACCCAGGCCGAAUGCGUACAUUCCAGACGACAACGCAGAUUUGCCAAUUCCACGGCCAUAUGGAGCAUAUCCGCCAUUUAAACCGAUGGAACAAGGGUCGAAUAUGAGACAUAUCAGAAAACCGAUUCCGAAGCCGAUCGAAAUUUAGAACUAUCGAAAAACUGCUGUAUUAAAAUUAAGAAUGGGAUUUGAUCCGUUGUAAAUAACUUUCAAGAAUAGUGUGAAACAAUAGUUGGGCCAUACGAAAAAAAAUACGAUAUCUGAAUGAUUCGAACUGGAAAUCUAUGUAGUUUAGUAGGUCACAUUUAAAAGGUCUAAACGAACUAUCGAUCAAACUAUAUCUUAACGUUUUUCUAUCUGUAAAAUGUAAAUAUAUGAAAAAUAUUUCUGUUAAAUAUGUACAAUUACCAAUGAAUAAAUGAAAUGAUAUUGUAAAUAUUCAAGUUUAGAGUUUCAGAGCUCACUCGGGGUUUUUCUGAAGGCUGAGUUUUUAGUGGAAACUAUCUAGAAAACAUUGACCACAAAGCUACGGUCUUCUUCAUAGCAGUCAUGGUUGACUUUCGUAGUCAUUUUAA